GUGUAGUUGUAAAUUCAGAGUAUACAGUAAAUGUCCAUGCUGGGGGCCCCCAGCGCUGUGGGCCAAUCUGAUCCUGUGUGGGGUGUUACCUUGAAGCCCGAGGGCCUCGUCAGCACAGUUUCCUCAUCCUCUCUGACAGACCGACUGCAGGAACAGAAAGUAUCAGCACCUUCCUCCAGCUACACACACCUAAACACACCAGCGAGUCGACACAAUGAUCUCCCUGCGACUGGCGUGGACUUUACUGAUGCUGCCGGCGUGGACCUCUGGUUCAAACCAUUACCUGCUACACGAACCUGCCAAAGUCCUGUACCCCGCCAUCGCCAGUAACGAGACUAUUGAGUGCGACUGUCGGAACAUCGCCUGUGACAACGUCUUCUGGUUCUACACGGAUCCCAAGAAUGUCAACGUACAGUUUGUGGGAAGAUGCAACAACGCUGAUCGUGUCACCCAUGGUGAUUCUGUGGACAAAAAUCGUUUUAUACUCAACAAGAGGGGCAGCUCGGCCUUUGUGCUGCGCAUCAUCGAUGUGGGGGAAAACGAUGCAGGGAUUUAUUCCUGUAUCACAAAAGACUCCAGAACCAAGACAGAAAUGUACAACCCUGGGACAUGUCUGCGGCCAGGAGAGACCCCUCCAACACCGUCUCCCACCGAGAAGAGUCCCAAACCAAGGUCCUGCCCCUGUUCCUCGAACAAUCUCCCUCAGGAUGGCUGUCACUCCCUGGUUCUGUGGCCCCUGAUCGGACUUGUUGGGGGCUUGGCUGCAGGUCUUCUCUGCGUGCUGUAUUACUUCAGCCGGCUGCCAAAGAAAUGUCACCACCACUUUGUGAAGAAGAGGCUGACCUAGAGGAACGCACCUGCAGCUUUUCUUUAACUCAGGACRCUGAUUCGCUGAAGCCUUUUUAUCCUGCGGAGCUCCAACAUGAAUCGCCCUGAAGACGUGAAGCUCCUCUGCAAUGACGUAUCUGCAGCUGUGUAAAAUACUGUCAUAUAAUGACAAACUUAUCUUGAAUAUUUUUAAAAGGAUGACGUUUGUGUUUAAAACUCUGUUUUCAACUUUUAUACCUGAUAAAAAGGUAAAUGAUGUCAUCGUUUAUUAAGGUGCUUUGUUCAUUUCAUUCCCUUCAGAUUAUUGUUGGAUUAUGAAAGAAACAUCUUGUUUGUGCCUCUUACACAAGAAUCAGUUUGUUAGCUUUGUGCCUGAAUAAAAUCUAAAUGUCAGUUUUAUUUAUACAACAUAAAAACAACUGAGCUUGACUAACUUUACAGUCAAACCAGACAAUAAUACAACAAAAAACAAUCCCCCCCCCCAAAAAAAAAACCCAAAAAAUAACAUGUAAUAAAACAUGUAACUUGUGAUAAAAGACAGCUAACUUAGAUCUUAUCUGCUAAAAUCUUCUACUCUGUUUAAACCAAAGGUCCAUAUAAAACAAUGAGACAUCAGCAGGGAUUUAAAGAUCUCUGGAGUUUGAGUUGUGUUUAUGGAAAAGUUCAUCAUUUCACAAGUUCGCACUGGGACAUAAAGACAAACUGUCUGCUUGAUCGGAGCGUCCGUCUGUUUAUUUGCAGGCAAAAAUCUCAUCUCACCAACUUUCAGAAAUACUUGUUUUCUACAAUGUUUCCUUCCUUUUGUAUUUGUCUUGGAGUUAUGGUAUGUGUUGUGUUAACAUGAGCACCUUGGAGAAAAAAUGUUCUUGUUUUGUUGUUGGUUUUUUUUAAUGUAAUGAUGUUUAAUCAAUAAAGCUCUGUGGUGAAAAGUAUACAAACCAG